AUGUCUGACUGUGAUGCGUACCGUCACGUGCAACAUUGCAAGGCCACCAGUGUAGGAAAGCACAAUCGAGGCCUCGGCGCACACCAAGGGAACACUGCAAGGACGCACAUUGCUUCGGGCUUGGAGCCACAAUGCAAGCCACUUGGAGCACACACUCAGGCGGCGUGUCCGAGGCACUGUUCGGGCACUGUGCCGGAACUACUGUCGCACCGCCACAGAAGGGAAGGGGCAGGAGUUCGCAUCAAGCGCCACGGGAAGCGGAGUCUCCCAUCUACAGUGACCCGACUCCAAGCGGCACCGCGAGCCCGCCGAACUGCUCUCGGUGCCACGGGACCGCGGGCGGGUCGCGGCAAUCGCACACGCGGCCGCCCGGAGGCACCCGCGCCCGAGUGCCAGGAAGGAAAGCCCUCUUCCCCACCAAGCUCUACUCUACCGCAGGGCCACACUACCUACAAGGGCCUCUCGACCUCUCAAGGACCUACGCACCUACCGGGAGGAGUGCCACUACGAGGGCGCAGCCGCCCGCACUCCGCCCGCAGGACCUGCCACAGGGCGGGCCCGCACUACGGACAUCAACAACAAGCAUGGCUGCCCCGGCGCCCGCGGCCUCCCUGCCGCACGGAGGCCGCGGGCGCCGAGGAGCGCCAGGGGAGCGCACGACCAGGGGAUCCCGCCAGGAUAACCACAGACGGAGACACAGACGGAGACAUAGCCUCAUCCAACCCGCCGGGAAACAACGCAGACCAGGCGCAGGAAGCGCCCGCCUCACGCAACCAAAAACGGCCCACAGCGCACACGACGCCGCACCAGACGCCCGACCUAAACGAAACCAAACAGUGCACCACUAGUCUAUUUAAGCGCCAGUACAGUAGACCGCCCACGAGCCCCACCCCCGCGACACGCCCUGUUAAACCUGCUCCGUCCAUCUCCCUCCCACUACCAACCCAAUGCCUGUACCCAAGAGAACCCCUCCCACCGCCCAAACCUGGGCACAUCUCCCAGAUCGGGACCAUCCUACGCCAACUCCCCCUACCAAUGGCCCGCGACCCCUCUCCUUCAAGUCAGCCUCCCACUCAACUACACAAUUGUAAACACUGA